CAAAUAAAAUAAAUAAUUCACCAUGAAUCGUCGUUGCCUGCACUGGAGCUAUUUAAAUUACAAAGAAAUCCCCAUGGAUUUAUAUUCAUACGAAGAUUUGGAAGAAGUCUAUCUGAAAGAGAAUUACAUUGCCGCCAUACCCAAGUGGUUUUUAAAUUUAACAAAUCUCAAAUUUAUCCAUUUGGCCGGCAACAAUCUCACCCAACUACCCGAAGAGCUGUAUCUCUUGGAAAAUCUCGAAUUUUUAGAUGUCUCCAAUAAUCAGCUGCAGCAUCUACCCUCAUCCAUUGGCUAUAUGCUGAAUUUGUUGCAUUUGAAUGUCAGCUCAAAUGAAUUGACAGAUUUGCCAAAAACUCUCACCUAUAUGAAACGUUUGGAAUCCCUUAACAUUUCGAAAAAUAAACUAAAACGUAUACCUCAAUUUAUAUGUGAAUGUUCCCGCCUCAAUGAAUUGAAUCUCAGUGAAAAUACCGAAAUAUGGCACAUUCCAGAAAGGGUUGCCAAUAUGCCGUCGCUACAAAUGCUGUCAGCUGAUAAAUGCUCCUUAAUCUACCUACCAGUGGCUUUGGCCAAAUUCCUCGAUUACUUAAGGAUAUUUAAUAAUUCUGCCAUAACGCACAUACCAAUAAUCUAUGAGAAAUUCUAUCAGAACUAUUUUGAGACUCCCACAAAAUCUCCACAUAUUCCCGUCACCCACAGUGAUUUCUUUUGGGUCGUCGAAAAGGAGACUUUCAAAAAAUUACUUCUGCCAAUAGGUACCAAAGAAAUCUUUCCCGUGCCCUCAAAAGAAAAUCAAGUCACCCUGUAUGAUGAUUGUUUGAAAACAUUGGAGAAUUUAAAUCGUCUCAUGCCAUUUUAUGAAAAUCCUGCAUUAAAAUAUAUGCUCCCCGAGAAAUGUAUGGUCAAUCAUAUACGUAAUGGACCCACGGGACGUUGUACUGUGUUUAAAUGUUCAAAUCCGCUAUUUACCACUUAUUAUUUUAUGGUGGUAAAGAGACGUGGCAGCACCUCUCGCCAGAUAUUUACCUGCUAUUUUUGCACCAUGUACUGCGCUAAUGUUUGGCUCAAUGAAAACAAUAAGAAAUAUUAUUGUAUCGAUUGGGAGAUAUAUGAAGAGCCAAUGGAGUAA